AUGACAGAGAAGGAAAUGACAGACAUAUAUAUCAUACCCGACAAGACCUACAAGACAUUGGAUGAUGUGCUGCGACGGCAUAACGUGUCCGUAGACUUUACGAAAUUCUUAGGCGGGGGUAGCUUUGGGAAGGUAUUUAAGGCCAUACACUUGACUGUGGGCUCAGAGGCACCCAUAGCCUGCAAACGCAUAGAAAUCCCGGUGUCAGGAAAGGACAGGAAGAGUAAGAGGAAGCGCGAGAGACAACUGCAAGACAUUAAGACAGAACUCUAUACACUGGAGAAGCUGUCGCACCCAAACAUCAUCCAAGUGUUGGACCACUUUAUGCUGAUUAAAAGGCAUCCCAAGACAGGCUCGACUGUGAACCGACCCAUCUAUCUGUACAUAUUCAUGCACUUCGCCCCUAACGGCACACUUCUAGGCCUCCUUCACAAACACGGGGUCUUCGAUGAGCGGGACUGCUGUAAGUUCUUCGCGCAACUCCUGAGUGCUAUGGACUACAUGCACAGCAAAAACAUCGCGCACCGGGACCUCAAACUGUCAAACGUGUUGCUCGACGACAACCUCGACUGCCUCGUCUCGGACUUCGGUUUAAGCAAAGUAUACGUCGAGACGGAGCCGAUGGGUAUCGAGACGUUUGAAGCGAAGACCUGCUGCGGAACGCCCGGCUAUAUGGCGCCCGAAAUACUGGCCGGAAAACUGGAUAAGAGAUCUCAGUUGAGUUACAACCCAUUCCUGGCCGACGUCUGGGCCCUCGGAGUCAUGCUAUUUCAACUGUUCAAUGGUAACAUACCGUUCCCAAAGGACCUUAAGAUCGGGAAAGUGAUUCGACUCAUGAAUAAGAAGGCGUACGACUGGUCCUCAACGAACCCCAACCCUCCGAGCCAUGGCCUCCGUAUGAUAGUUAAGCUGAUUUUGGAUCCCAACCCCGACACUAGGCCUACAGUGAACUCGUUGACCACUAAUGCAUGGAUUGUCGCCGAAUUGAAGCACGAAAAGGAGACACAGACAGAGGGACAGACCGAUGGAGAGACAACCGACGCACCGGUGGAUAAACGAGAGACAGUCGACGAUAAACACAAUAAGAGUCCCAAAGAACAGUCCAAAGGGAAGCCAAAGAAUACUAUGAAUGAAUUGGCAGUUGUGUCAAACGACUGGCACUUUAAUCCCAAGUUGAACAAAUACUAUAAAGUAUUUACCGGUCAUAACGUGGACUAUAAUGAGGCGGAAUUCAUAUGUCAGACGUGUUUCACCGAAUAUUCUGUGAAGAACUCAUCGCUGAAAUACGUCUAUAGUUUGGCUCUGAUGUCGAUGACAGACAAAGUGAUGGGCGAAGCCUUUUGGGUCGGAAAAUACGUCUAUAGUUUGGCUCUGAUGUCGAUGACAGACAAAGUGAUGGGCGAAGCCUUUUGGGUCGGAGUCACUGAACACGACGAUAGGGUCCAGUGGACGGACACCUCGGCAACUGUGGACGAGAAGCUAUAUUAUGACAAUCUAUUCGACGAACACAACUGUUUGAUGUGUACCGCGAGGACAGACAGGUGUGGUCUUCUGGAUCUGACCCGUGGAUCCGAUCAACACAUGUCUGCAUCCAAUCGCUGGAAAUUCAAUGAUUGUGACUAUAAGUACGGAUUUAUUUGUCAAUUAAAUAACUAG